GUGUUGAGAAAGUCCCAACAGGCAUGGAGCUGGGUUUUCUGCUUCUCUUCUCAUCAGGCCUGUGUUCAAUUGGUAAGAGCUUAUUUUAAUGAUUAGAAUGUCUGUUUAAUUGAAGAUGGAUGUUAGUAUGCCCUGUUUGUUAACCAUUUUUUGGUCUAGGUUUUCUCAAGAUAUUGUCAACAUUCUGAUUACUGUGACUUACCUACAGCAAUGUCUGUAAUUACAACCAAAUAAUUCUAUAUUCAAAAUGUAUCUCCAAUAAGUACAAUGCAACAAAAAGUAGCAUUGCAUGACAGUUAAGUCAUUUUUUUAUAACCUACGUGCUUAUCAUACCAUCAUGGCUUGGUUAUGGUUUGUAGGUCUGGAGACGUGAUCUGUGGCUGACAAAUUAUUAAUAUGUGAAACAUUUUUGUGUCACUUCACAGACCUACGUAACCCGACUUCAUUUAAUGUUUGUAGUUUGACUUCCACACCAUAGACUUUUGCCCUAAAAUAGAGCUGACAUGUUUAAUCUGAUACUGAGUAAGCACUAAUGUUUCUAGUGAAUUGCCAGAGGUAUACCUUCAUACCAGGGGCUCCACAUGAAAUCAGCAGAAAUGACAGUGGAGUCCUGAAGGCAGCACUUCAUGGUACCUAUUCAUUUAACAACAAGACCAAUGACGCUUUCCUGUUCAAGCCAUCUGCAAUCGAGAAAGCCGAAAGACAGAUUGUAAAGGGAUUCAAUUACAUUAUGGAAGUUGACAUUUCACGAACUGUGUGCCACAAAAAUGGCCAAAACAACACAGACCUGGCCAGAUGCGUUUUCCAGCCAGAUGGAUUGUUAAAGCAGACCUUCCACUGUCAUUUUGAGGUUUGGACAAUACCUUGGCUUAACUUCAUGAAGACUAUUGAUUUGGCUUGCAGUCCAUCUGAGAAAAAUAUCACUUCUCCGUGAAAGUUACUCAGCCACUGCCCUCGAACUAUGAUCAUGUAACGGAGUAUCAGCUUCAUUCAUUUGAAUAAAAUAUCAAGUACC